UCAGUGCUGAAUCAACGAUAUAGAAAAGAUGUUGCUCUGGGCGGGUUUGUUCCUGCUGCUGAAUCUACAGCUUGGAUCUGCCUACAAGCUGGUCUGCUAUUUCACUAACUGGUCCCAGUACCGACCAGAACCUGCCAAGUACAUGCCAGGGAACAUUGACCCGCAGCUGUGCACUCACCUCAUAUAUGCCUUCGCCACUAUGAAUGACCACAAGAUUGCGCCUUAUGAGUGGAAUGAUGAUGUGCUGUAUCAGCAGUACAAUGCCUUGAAAAAACAGAAUUCAAAAUUAGUAACAUUGUUGGCCAUCGGUGGCUGGAAUUUUGGAACAGCUAAGUUUACAGCGAUGGUUGCAAGUGCUGGCAAUCGUAAGAUAUUCAUUGAUUCUGUUAUUGAAUAUUUACGGAAGUAUGAUUUUGAUGGCAUUGACCUGGACUUUGAAUAUCCUGGUUCACGAGGAAGCCCUCCUGAAGACAAGCAGCGAUUUACUGUCCUAACAGAGGAAAUGCUUGAAGCUUUCAAAACAGAAGCAGCAACUACACACCAUCCCCGUCUCCUGAUGACUGCAGCUGUAUCAGCAGGAAAGGCAACCAUUGAUGCUGGUUAUGAGAUUGCAAAGAUUGGAAGGACAUUGGAUUUUAUCAGUGUAAUGACUUAUGAUUUCCAUGGCGGAUGGGACACUUUUACUGGACAUAACAGCCCACUGUGCCAAGGAUCCAAGGAUGAGGGAGACUUUAAAUACUUCAACAUUAGAUUUGCAAUGAAUUACUGGAAGGAAAAUGGGGUCCCUGCAGAGAAACUUCUGAUUGGAUUUCCUACUUAUGGAAGAACUUUCAAGAACCCAAACCCCAGCAACUGUGAUGUUGGGAUCCCUGUGUCUGGACCAGGUUCUUCCGGGCAAUACACCCGAGAGGCAGGCUUUUGGGCUUACUAUGAAAUCUGUUCCUGGCUCAAUGGAGCCACCGUCAAAUGGAUCGAAGACCAGAAGGUGCCAUACGCCUGUAAAGAUAAUGAGUGGGUUGGAUUUGAUAGCAAACAGAGUUAUGAAUGCAAAGUGAAGUUUCUGAAGGAAAGCGGUUUUGGGGGAGCUAUGGUUUGGGCCAUAGAUCUUGAUGAUUUUAUAGGAUCUUUCUGUGGUGAAGGGAAAUAUCCUUUGAUCAGCCACCUGAAAUCCUUACUUGAAGGUUUAGUCACCAACUGUCCAGGAGAAACCUGUGGCCCAGGAGAUGGCUCAACACCUCUUCCACCAAUCACAACUCCUCCAAUUACAACUCCACCUCCAGUUACCACUCUACCACCACCAAUCACCACUCUACCACCACCAAUCACCACUCUACCACCACCAGUCAAUGAAGUCGAUCCCAACUAUUGUGCAAGUAGAAAUGAUGGGAUGUAUGUAAACCCUGUCAAUCCAAACAGGUUUUAUGUGUGUGCUGGAGGCCACACCUAUUCCCAACAGUGUGGAGCUGGGCUGGUGUUUGAUGAAAACUGUAAAUGCUGCAACUGGCCAUGAUGAAUUAUCUGUCCCCCUGACUGAAAAGGGUGCUAAAUAAAUUCAGACAUCUAAUGCAA